AUGACGGACAACCGGCGUAUCAUCUUUAAAGGGCUAUUAAAAGUCUCUCCAGCCACACAUCACGACGACGGGGACGGCGACGAGAACAAACACCAGUCAAAGCGGGCACGGUUGACACGGAAAAACUUGGCCCUGUUCAACACAAUACCAAAGAAGGGAAGCAAGGGGUCGGCGGCGUCUGCUCCCCCCGACUCCACGGCCGCCUCGUCAACAAGAACGACCAGCUCGACCACGACGUCUGCUUUCGCCAUCCAGGCCCAUAAAAAUGGAAUCCUCAAUCCCGCCUUCUCCAAGUCGCCCAAGAAUCUCCAAAGCAUCACCAAACGACUCGCCAGGUCCCGUGAGACCGUUUCGCCCACCGAAUCAGUGUACAAGAGUUACGUGGACAAAGUUGCAGGAGCACCUAACCAAGCAACCAUGGUCUUCGAGGUGGGGCGGAUAGCGCUCAGUCAAACAUUCACGGGCUUUCCGGAAGAUGUUGGUUUCGAUAAUGGCCUGCCUGCUCCGCAACCCGACUUUGUGGAAGGGCUUCGGAUGCGAGAAUUCGACCCGUUCCCGGUUGAUGAGCAUGUUAGCGGGUCGGUUGCUUUCGAGGAUAACCCUUUUUCCGUGACACUGCCGCAUGUGGCCGGGGAGUGGAAGCGGGACGGAAAAGACAUAGAAGAAGCGAGGCUGCGGAGCGCCUACGACGGAGCGGCUCUUGUCUACGCGAGGAACCAGGCCCUUUCCCAUCUCGGGAAACCUGACCCUACCGGCCACGUAGAGGUCAUGACUUUUGCCACCGACGGCACCAACAUCAACUUCUUCACGCACUAUACUGCUCCCUCGGAGGACGGCAAGCCGGAAUAUCACCAACAUCACGUCACCUCGACCAACCUAACGAACUCUCACCAAGAAUACAGGCAGGGUUAUAGACAGCUCAGGAACGCCCAAGACUACGCGAGGGAAGGCUGUUGGAACCUCUUUAUCCUGUGCCCGGUCGUCUAA